CGCACUGCACAGAGCCCCUCCCCCCAUCGAUCACUAGAGCUGAGCUAAGGCUGGGAGCAUCCCACAGGCGGGCUCCCUGCUGGGCAUCCUAAACUUUGGGCGGUGAAGGGCAGAGCUGGAACCUGUGCUAUAGUGUCAAGUGGUACCCAGGGGGAUGAAGCAGGUAGGGCUGCAGAGAUGCUGCAUUGGGAGGUAGAUGCACUGGCCUUGAAGGCUAAGCCCCCGAGCAGUAAGGAGGGUGGGGAAAGCCUAGGGAACUAAGGGAAUAAUGCUGGGAGGAGCACAGAGACAUAUCCAGGGAGAGAGGGCGCUCACGCCCGAAGGCCUCCUGUGAGCUCUGGGAUGGCCUGCCAUCUAUCUGCUCCUGCUGUUCCCCAGGGCCUAGGGGAUGAUACUGAGGAUGUGUCCCUGGACUUCGGUAAUGAAGAGGAGCUGGCCUUUAGAAAGGCCAAGAUCAGGCACCCCCUGGCUACCUUCUUCCACCUGUUCUUCCGAGUGAGUGCCAUCGUCACCUAUGUGUGCUGUGACUGGUUCAGCAAGAGCUUUGUGGGCUGCUUUGUCACCGUGCUCCUCCUCCUGUCCUUUGACUUCUGGUCUGUGAAGGACUGGGAUUCAAGGCAUGCACCACCAUACCUGGCUAGAAUCUCACAUUUCAAAAAUGUAACUGGAAGACUCAUGGUGGGUCUUCGAUGGUGGAACCAGAUAGACGAGGAUGGGAAAAGCCACUGGAUAUUUGAAGCCAGAAAGGUCUCUGCAAACCACAUGGCUGCCACUGAGGCAGAGGCACGCAUCUUCUGGCUUGGUCUCAUCAUCUGCCCAGUGAUCUGGAUUGUGUUCUUCUUCAGUACCUUGUUCUCCUUGAAGCUGAAGUGGCUGGCUCUUGUGAUUGCUGGCAUUUCCCUCCAAGCUGCGAACCUCUACGGCUACAUCCUCUGUAAGAUGGGAGGCGACGGUGAUAUGCGCACAGUUGCAGCCAGCUUUCUGUCCCAGACAGUGUUUCAGACGGACUUCCCAGGUGACUUCGAGAAGCCCAGGCUGGAAGGGCUGGACAUCCACCGGCACUAGGCUGCUGUGGCUGGUGAAUCUGGAGCUUCGACAAAAAAAGACUGGCCUUUGUCACAGCUCUUGCCUUAAAGAGACAGAGGAAAGGAGACCCUUGUAAAAGCCUUGCUCUUUUGUGCCUGCUGCUGUAUGGCUGCCUGCGGCUCCCCAUUCAAGGACAGCAAAGGUGGAGAGACACAACACAUGCCCCAGUUGUGUCCCUUCCUCAGCAAUGAUGUUGCUUUGCUGCGGCAAAGGCAGAUUCUAGGCCCAAAGAACUGCUCUGCUGAGUGGUCCCAGGAGUCUGCAUGAGAGCCACUAACCCGCAGCCCAGGAAAAUGAGAAUACAGGAGAGGGAAUCAGAACAUCGAGGACUAAGAAAGGAAAUGCAGACGGGGCAAGCUUCUGCAGCUCUGAGGAAACACACAUGUAAAUGUGGAAUAUAUACUGCCUCUUAGUGAGCAGAACCCUUGGCACUCACCCUGUCCUCUGCCUACAACCCUAUCAUGUCCAUUAUGGUCCUUCCCAGCUGCACUGUCUCUCUGUCUCUGUCUCUCUCACACACACACAUAAACAGGCACACACAUUCACCAUUCUGAGGACCAUAUGUAACCCAGGGGAGACCAGCUUUGCCUGUGAACCUCCCUCAAGGCCCAGUCCCCAUGUUGUUACCCAAGGCCCCAUUCAAACACCUCAGUCCCUUCUUCCCUGACAGGAGAAGGGAAGCUCCCACAUUUGGGUAGUCAUCUGCAGCUGAAAGUAGUCUGCCUCAGGCUCUUCCCUCUGAGACCUAGGCACCUGGCACUGCUCCACUUCCUGCUCCCGUCACAGGCAUCUGCGACUCAAGCAAGCUCAACUCUUAUUGUGGGGAAAGUGGAAUCUACAGGGCAGAAGAGCCCUUGUCUCCUCACAGCAAACCAAUACCUGGAUGAGCCUGGGACAGAGUUAGUUGCACACCACUCCCUCAGUUCUGAAGACCAUUCAGCGCACAAUUGUCAGAGCCCAGCUCAGGAGCAGAGUGACCAAGGGCCCUGCAGUCCUAGGGACACAUAACUGGAAUUUCAUGGAGGAUAUGAGGUGCCUGCCCCAGGCCUCACUGCUUCUCUCCUGUGGCUGCAGCCUCUAAGGAGCUCUGUGGGUCCAGUUCUGAGCCACCACUGCUGGUCCUGCAUCCAAGCCCCCGGGCUGCUAAGAUGGCUGUGCACACAGCACAGGCCCCUCAGAACUCACCUAUGUGUGGAUCCAGCGGCACUUUGCCCAGAAGUGGAAUCCUCAGAUCCUGGCACAUGGCCUCUGCACCCCCAGUCGUGGGAGGGAAGAUCUGAGACUCUUUCUGUGAGGCAGAAAGAGAAGGAGGCUUGAUUUUGCUUCUGCGUCUCAGAACAACUAGUUUUUAGACAUUUUGAAACAGUGCCUUGUUGCCUGUGACACUCUGAAGCGUCUUCGUCCAGGCAGUAGUAGAGGGCUUGAUGGAGACCCUCCCUUCCCAAAACAGCAGGAAAAGCAGAAACCAUCCCUGUCGUUUCCUCACUGUGACAGUGGUGUGCUUAGGCCUGCCUUGGGGACCCUCACCUUGCACUUGGGGCAGAUGAAACCGCUCAUGUUUUCUACCACACCAAUGAUGGGCAGCUUCACCUUGUGGCAGAAGCUGAUCUCUUUCCGGACAUCCUGGAGGGCCACCUCCUGGCAAAGUUCACAGAGCAGUUAUCCCUCAUUCAGAGGGCACGGAAAGGCACGUGUGGUCCAGGAGAUGCUGUACAGUUGUCAGAGCGCUCACUCACCUGAGGGGUGGUGAGGAUCACUGCCCCAUCAAUGUGUGCCGCAGCCAGGUACUGGACCACUGAGAGGUGUUCGUCAGACGUGCCAGGCGGGGUGUCUACGAUGAGGUAGUCCACGUCUCCCCAGUCUACAUCACGGAGGAACUGCUUGAUCAUACCUAGAAGUGGGCAAGGCUGAGUGCGUGCCUUCUUUCUGGCAUACAUCUCCAGCAGCAUCUUUCAUUAUGCAUAAGCAUUUGGCCUACAUUCUCAGCCUCAGCACAGUGACAGUGCUGUCCCCAGGGGGCAGGCGGUGAGAUCUGUAGACAUGCUGGGUGGCCAUGAUGAAGUCAGGGGUGCUCCUGUCUAUGUGUGGCAUAGACAUGUGGUUCCAAUAGUCAUGUGGCUUAAGUGUCAAUAGGGAGAAGGUGCUUGCCCAGCGGUGCUAUCUGCAUCAUCUUAGGCUUCCCCAGAAAGGGGUUUUCACUCCACACUUCUCUCCUUGACACAAACCAGUCACGUGAUCACACUACAGAUCACUUCAGUCUUAAAAGUAGAAAAGCUCACAGUAGGUAAUAAAAUGUCUACACUGAAAACUUGUAUUUCUCAUAGUUUUCUUUAUCAGGGAGGGGGAUGCUGAAACAGAACACACUACAGGCUCCAGGUGAGAGCAUUAGUAGGCAUGAGGUCCUAGGCUCCACCCCAGGACCAAAAUAAGAGCAUGAACACACCACCAAGCCCAUCAGGCACCCACAGCCUCCCCAACAGCCAGAACCAGGAGUCGGAGCCGGGGAGCAGUGACAAACCAUUUUUCUUUGGUCCCCUCCAGAUGACAGCAUCAUCUGGGCUGCUAAGCAGGAAGCCCACUGACAUCACCCCCAGAUUGUCAUCCACGUACUGCAGCAGAAAUGGGAAUAGGGGGAGAAACAUGUUUGCUUACGGGGAACAAGGACAUGACACAUCUACAUAAAACCACAAGAGGGCACUUCCCAAGGAAUUUGGUAAAAUAAUAACAUGAUGAUGAUGAUGAUGAUGGUGAGACUAUCAUGAGGAUAAAGGUACCAUGUACCUCACACCCACACUUGCUCUUUGCAGCCUCAAAACAUUUUUGAGAAACAGGUGGCCAUAGUGGGAUCUACAGGAGGCCAUGUGUUGCCUGUGCCUCAGCAACAAGUCAACAAUGCUAAGAUAAACAGUCUCCUAAAGUGUUCUAAUUGGAUCAGCAGAGACCCCGAAACCCAGUCUUGUAGGUGAGGUUUGACUGGGGUACACUGUGGUCACUCAGCUGCACAGUACCACUUUGGAGCUAUGGAACCAGACGGCACAGGUCUAUGAGCCCCAUUACAGCCAAGACCUGCUCAUCCUUGGUCUGGAAAACAGUCUCGGUCAACGUUCAGCCUCUGCCUCUAACAGCCCGUCAGAUAUAACUAACCCUCACACACUGCCUCCCCAGGAAGGCUUACUCACCACUGGAGACCAGCCGGAGCCGCUCUGGUGAACCUGUGGGAACAUGACAGUCAUUGUUGUCACUGACAAAGUGCCCGUGGACGAUGGCUUCACACAGUGCGAUUCACUGUCCUGUACUGCACCAGUCAAUUAAAAGCCCCUUAAUUACUUUUA